GGUGAUGACCUAGGUGAUUACGCAUAAUAUCAAUUUUCGAGCCGAGGCACGGGCGACCCGGACACCCUACAUCCUCAAUACCCCUUCACAUUAAUGUGUAUAACAGCCAGCAAUAGCCAGCAAUAGCCAGCAAGAUCCAUAUAAUACCCAUAGAAAUACAAAAAUAUCAUACUCUCAACUUCUAAUUCUAGAUACGCCGCGGAACGUCAUUUUCGAUACCCACAUAUCAAAAAAUAUAUUCCUCGGCAUCUCUAAUAGAGAAUUAGCCUAUUCACUUAUACCCUGACUGGUGGAACCCAGCGCCCCACAAGUACCUGGAAAUGGGUGGUACUUGGCCUACCGGUGGAUUUGCCCCGCUGACGUUUUGUAGAGGUACCCCUACCUGACCUAAAUGACCUAAAUGACCUAAAUAAAUUCAACUUGCAAGUCUACAUAACUACCUUUGAAAUAUUAAGCUGGAAGCUACAGCUCCCCCAAGCUUCGACUCCAAAACCAGUUUUGAUCUCCAACUUUACUUUCCUUCGCGUUCAAGAACCAACGUUAUUAUCCCUACCCUCUACAUAAUACCUACGCUUGACAUAAACACUACACCCCAUAAUUAUAUCCUACUCCCCAUCUAAAUCAUGUCCCUCCCAACUCAAUUCGAGGGCGUGCUUCCUCUCUACAGAGUCCAGAAGCCCCCUUUUAUGGUCGAAUCACCUGACGCCGAAGAAGUUGAAGGAGAAACGAAGCCAUUCAGGCACACCAAGGCCAAGGACGGUCUUAUCACACGCCCCGAAUCUCACAUCGCCACUACUUAUGACAUCUUAAUCGAGACUGCGAAAAAAUACGGCGACAAGGCGGCCAUAGGUACUCGUAAACUCAUCAAGACGCAUACCGAGACUAAGAAAGUACCAAAAGUUGUUGACGGAGUCAAGACUGAAGUUAAUAAAGAAUGGACUUACUUCGAGUUAACCCCGUACACAUUCCUUACUUACAACGAGUACAAGACUCGAGCUCUAAACGUAGGCGCCGGUUUGAAGAAGCUAGGGCUCGAGACAGGUGACGUGUUACACAUCUUUGCGACAACGAGCGCCAACUGGCAGUGCACGGCUCACGCCUGCGCCUCGCAAUCCAUCACAAUCGCAACCGCGUACGAUACUCUCGGCUCGGAUGCUGUCGAAUACUCCCUCACACAAACGAAUGCGAAGGCUAUGUAUACCGAUCCCCAUCUAUUCAAAGUUGCCAGUCGCCCUUUGAAGAAUGCGAAAGAUGUCAAGUACUUGAUCUACAAUGACACGACCAAUAUCCCCAUUUCUGACGAGGAGAUGGCCGACUUCAAAUCCUCAAAUUCUCACCUUACCAUCAUCUCCUACUCUGACCUGAUUGCCCUCGGUGAGGAGAACCCUAUAGACCCCGUACCGCCGAAACCUACCGAUCUGUGUUGUAUCAUGUACACUUCUGGUUCUUCUGGAACUCCCAAGGGUGUCCCUCUUACCCACGAAGGUGUUGUUGCGGGCAUCACCGGCCUAUGGACUAUUGUCGCAGAGACUGUUUCACAUCGGGACGUUAUACUCGCGUAUCUCCCCCUUGCUCAUAUUUUGGAGGUGGCUGUGGAGAAUUUAGUAAUGUUUGUUGGCGGUACGCUCGGCUACGGAUCCCCCCGCACGUUGGCUGACUCCUCUAUGCGCAACUGUGCUGGAGAUAUGCGAGAGCUUGCACCUACCGUCAUGGUUGGUGUGCCCCAGAUAUGGGAGACCAUCAGGAAGGGUAUUGAAGCCAAAGUCAACUCUGGUGGUGCCUUGACCAAGAAUCUUUUUUGGGGUGCUUACAACCUCAAGAGCUUACUCGUGGCAACCGGCCUGCCUGGGAGUGGCUUACUUGAUGCCAUAGUAUUCAAGAAAGUCCGGGAAAUGACGGGCGGAAGGGUAAGAUUCCUCUUCAACGGUGCCAGUGGUAUUUCGGAUGGCACAAGGCAGUUCGUAAGCUUGGUGCUUGCGCCAAUGAUUACGGGAUAUGGUCUUACGGAAACAACCGCCAAUGGCGCCCUAGGUAACCCGUUGCAAUGGACUCGGGAUGCCAUCGGCCCCGUCCCUGCGUCACUUGAGAUCAAGCUCGUCAGUAUACCUGAUCUAGGAUACGACGCAAAGAGUAAUCCUCCACAAGGUGAGAUUCUGCUGCGGGGACUUCCAGUCUGCAAGGAGUAUUACAAGAACCCCGAGGAGACCGCGAAGGCGUUUACAUCGGAUGGGUGGUUCCGAACAGGAGAUAUCGGCGAGUUCGACUCGGUAGGCCACGUCAAGAUCAUCGACCGCGUCAAAAAUCUCGUCAAGAUGCAGGGCGGUGAGUACAUCGCGCUCGAGAAGCUCGAGGCCGUCUACCGCGGCAGCGAAUUCGUCCACAACGUCAUGGUGUACGGCGACAGCGAGCACCCUCGCGCCAUUGCCGUCAUCAGCCCCAACGAGAAGUCGCUGAACGACCUAGCGAAGAAACUAGAUGUUGAUCAUGCCCACGCUCACGGCGACCCCAAGGUCUUGGAGACAGUCCACAAGGACUUAAUCGCAGUGGGCAAGAAGGCCGGCUUGACCGGGCUGGAAAUGAUCGUUGGCGUCGUAAUAGUUGAUGAGGAAUGGACGCCCGCUAGUGGUCUCGUUACAGCAACACAGAAGGUGAACCGGAGGGCGCUCAAGGAUGUCUACAAGAAACAAAUCCAAGAGUGCUUUAAGCGGACUUCGUAAUCUGUAGUGUCGUGUUAAUGUAAUAUGCGUCUGUUUCCAGGUAUUGUGUAAUUUGCUAACUGGCUGGCUCUUCGGCGAGUUGGAAAUGGGUCGGUGUAGCAUUAGUUAUACACCUUGUAUUCCGUAUGGCGUGUUGCUUCGCUUUUUUUGUUGUAUACGCACAGGGAAGAUUAAGUAAGGUAUAUUUCACGUAGAGUUAAUGAUUAUGUUUUCCCUCGUUUUUUAAUGAGGAAGUAUUAAUUUAUUAUGUGAAAAUCUAGAGGGCUGAUGAAGAAUCGUAAGAUUGUUCAACUGGGUACUAGACUAACCUACCUAGAUAUAUAAG